AUGUUUGGCUACAGGAGCACUAUGUGCAACCGCCAACAUACCCAGGCGUGCCUGAACACCUCGCUGUCGAUACGGCAGGAGAUACAGCGUUUCGAGAGCGUCCACCCGUCCAUAUACGCUCUCUACGACCUCGUCGAACUCGUGCCCGACCCGUUACUUGCACAGCAGAUACGCGACCACGUCGUCGCUAUCGAAGGCAUGAGUCCUAGUUUUAAU